ACAAAACCUGUUUCCGUACUUGGGCCACUAUUCAAGACAUUCUGGUUGCCAAUUGUUGCUUCUGGAUUUACAAAAGUUUUAUCAGAUGCUUUAGUAUUUAUCAAUCCACAGAUCCUGAACCUAAUGAUCAGUUUUGUGGCCGGCAAAGACUACCUAUGGAAGGGUUUUGUGUACGCUGCCGCCAUGUUCCUAGCCGCAGAGAUGCAAACCAUUCUGACCCAAAACACAUUCAUGAAUAUGUAUAAUGUCGGCAUUAACUGGCGGACUUCACUCAUGUCAUCGAUUUACAAAAAGGCACUUCGAGUGUCCAGUGCCGCCCGAAAGAGCUCUACUGUUGGAGAAGUAGUUAACCUGAUGGCGGUAGAUGCUCAGCGUUGUUCCGACUUCGCUCAGUUUAUCCACUUCAUAUGGACGGCUCCUAUAAUCAUAGUCGUGGCCCUCUAUUUCUUGUGGCAGAUCCUCGGUGUGGCUGUGUUGGCUGGUCUGGCAGUGAUGAUCGUUAUCAUCCCCUUCAACGGUGUCAUUGCCAACAAAAUGAAAAAGCUGCAGACCAAACAAAUGAAAUACAAAGACGAAAGAGUGAAACUCAUCAAUGAAAUUUUAACUGGAAUUAAGGUUCUGAAGCUGUAUGCUUGGGAGCCGAGUUUCAAAGAUUACAUUUUGAAAAUAAGAGAUAAGGAGUUGUUGCAGAUGCGAACAUCAGCUCUCUACAGCUCUUCGAUAUCAUUUUUGUGGCUCUCCUCCUCCUUUCUUGUCUCGUUUGCUACGUUUGUCACGUUUGUGUUGAUCGACGAACGCAACGUUCUCACAGCCGAGAUCGCGUUUGUGUCCGCAGCUCUCUUCAACGUGAUGAGGUUUCCUAUCGCCCUGCUGCCUCUAGUAGUCACCUUGUUACUCCAGUUUCUAGUGUCUGUGAAAAGAAUAAGCAAAUUCAUGAAUGCAGAAGAGUUGGACUUUGGAGCAGUUACACAUGACGAAAACAGAAAGGAACCACUUAUUAUUGAAAACGGAGUAUUCUCGUGGAACUCAGAAUCCGCUGAAGAAGCAGUUCUACGCAACAUCACACUCAAAAUUGAACCAGGAAAGUUGGUAGCAGUGGUUGGGGCAGUCGGUUCUGGGAAGAGUUCUCUCAUUUCUGCAUUCCUGGGAGAGAUGGACAAGAUCUCUGGAAAUGUUAAUACUAAAGGCAAGAUAGCCUAUGUGCCACAGCAAGCGUGGAUACAGAAUGCAACGGUCAAAGACAACAUUCUGUUCGGAGUCAAUUACAACAGCAAGGAGUACGAUAGGACUGUGGAGAACUGCGCUUUGAAGCCAGACUUUGAUAUGCUACCUGCUGGGGAUAACACUGAAAUUGGAGAGAAGGGUAUCAACCUGAGUGGUGGCCAGAAGCAGAGAGUGAGCCUGGCAAGGGCUGUAUACAAUGAUGCGGACACAUACUUGUUGGAUGAUCCUCUCAGUGCUGUUGAUUCUCAUGUGGGGCGACACAUAUUUGAUAACGUCAUCGGACCUAAAGGCCAGCUCAGAAAGAAGACACGAGUGUUAGUAACACACGGAGUGACAUUCCUACACCAAGUAGACGUCAUUGUGGUGAUGAAGGCGGGAGAGAUCUCGGAGAUGGGGACAUUCAAGGAGUUGUUGGCUAAGAGAGGGGAGUUCUCCGACUUUCUGGUGCACCACAUCGCAGAGACUGAACAGGGCGAAUUGGAUCCAGAAAUCAAGGAACUGAUUGAUGAAGAUAAGGUGCUAAGACAAAAUAUUGAAAGAAAAUUAAGCAUUAUAAGUUCGGCUGAUUCUUUUAAAUCCGGUUCUUCACAAGGCAGACGACGAGAUUCAGUUAAAAUCGAUACCAAACCAAUCCAAAAGAAGGACAAAUUAGUACAAGUUGAAAAAACUGAAACUGGCAAAGUAAAGUACCAAGUUUACAUACACUACCUGAAGUCAAUAGGAUUGUUUCUCGGACUGGCGACGAUAUUCUUCCAGUUGCUCUCGCAGGCUUCCAACGCCCUCGGCAGUAUCUGGCUCUCCAAGUGGACUUCAGACACGUCAGCAGCUGUUGAUGGCGUACAGGUCAUGGACAAGCGCAAUACCUACAUCGAGGUUUACGCUGCUUUUGGCUUCGGCCAGGUGGUUUCAGUUGUGUUGAGUUCCUUUGCACUUGCGUUUGGCAGCCUGAGGGCAUCUCGUAUCCUGCACCAGUCCAUGCUGGCCAACAUCCUGCGAGCGCCGAUGAGCUUCUUUGACACCACGCCUACUGGGAGACUGGUGAACCGUUUCGGCAAGGAUGUGGACACAGUCGACAGCGUCCUCCCUCUAACCAUGACUCAGGCUCUAGCAGGCUCUGUGACUGUUAUAGCGACCCUAGGAGUCAUUGUUUGGUCAACUCCAAUCUUUGCUUCGGUCAUCCUCCCAGUGGGUCUGCUUUACUACUUCGUUCAGAAAAUGUACGUUGCUACGUCACGCCAACUGAAGAGGAUAGAAGCGGUAUCUCGUUCCCCCAUCUAUUCACACUUUAGUGAAACCAUCUCAGGUGCCUCUUCAAUAAGAGCUUAUGGUGUGGAGAACAGGUUCAUGAAAACCUUGGAAGAAAAGGUUGACGAGAACACUGCCUGCCUCUUUCCCAGUUUAGUAUCCAACAGGUGGCUUGGAGUACGGUUGGAAACAAUCGGAAAUAUUUUAAUUCUAUUUGCAGCACUCUUUGCUGUUUUGAAGAGAGAUUCUUUGGACCCGGGCAUUGUGGGUCUGUCCAUCAGUUAUGCUUUACAGAUUACUUCCAUGCUGAAUGCUGCUGUGAGGUUCACUUCUGAGGUGGAAACAAACAUAGUGUCAGUAGAGAGGAUAAAGGAAUACGCUGAAGUUCCACAGGAGGCAGCCUGGGAAAGUACAGCCCAGACGAAUCCUGAGUGGCCCAACCAGGGCGUGGUACAGUUCCAGGACUAUCAGGUCAGGUACAGAGAAGGUCUAGAGCUGGUGUUGAAGGGAGUCACUUUCACUGUCUCCGGCGGCGAAAAGGUUGGGAUAGUUGGCCGCACUGGAGCCGGUAAGUCUUCACUCACACUUGGACUAUUCCGUAUAAUUGAGGCUGCUGGAGGACAUAUCUUCAUCGACGGUCUCGACAUCUCCAAGAUUGGACUGAAAGAUCUCCGCUCUAAGCUGACAAUUAUCCCUCAGGAUCCCGUACUAUUUUCUGGAACACUCCGCAUGAACCUGGACCCGUUUGAGAUGUACAGCGACUCAGACGUGUGGCGAGCUCUGGAGUUGGCUCAUCUUAGCAACUUUACAAGAGGUCUUAAUCUGGGGCUGUUGUAUAACAUCACUGAGGGUGGAGAAAAUCUCAGUGUUGGACAGCGACAGUUGAUUUGCCUAGCUAGAGCCGUUCUGCGCAAGACGAAAGUUCUGAUUCUGGACGAGGCAACAGCAGCAAUAGACCUGGAGACUGAUGACCUGAUCCAGGCAACAAUCCGCAAAGAAUUCCGGGACUGCACUGUGCUGACUAUCGCUCAUAGACUCAACACUAUCAUGGACUCUGAUAGAGUUCUGGUUUUGGAUAAGGGUCAUAUCAAGGAAUUCGAUUCCCCACAAAAUCUACUGAAAUCUCCUUCAACAAUAUUCUACGGAAUGGCUAGGGACGCUGGUCUUACGUGAUAUCAAUAAUUUUCACAACAUAAUCAUAAUUCACAAUUUAAACUAAAAUUAUCCUGAGUGUUUCUAGUGUUAAGAUUGAAAACUAUGUAUGAAACAUUUUAUUGAACACUGAUUGUGUUCAGAAUAUGAAAUACUGUGUAUGAGUGAAUGAUUUAAACGAGAUCUCAAUUGCUUUUUAAUAAUUUAUCGAUUUUAUUAGUUUAGUCAAUCUAAUGACCUAUUUAGUUUUUUCAUAAAUUUUAAUAAAUAAAAAUGGUAGAGGAAACUAAUCACAUAUUUUUAUAAGUUCUGAACUUGAACUGAUUAUUCCUUUUGAAUAUCACCUCCAUAUUGUUCGUAAAGUAGAAUAUCUAACGGUUAUCAAAUUGGUAAAAUAUUAAAAAUAAGUAUCUCAGAAAUAUAUAGUACGCUAAAAUUUGUUCUAAAAAUUAAGUUUAUUAUUGCAUAUUAGUAGAAGCCAAUAAAAAUAUUCGGCGCAAAUUGAAAGAAUGAAUUGACAAAAAUACUUUGCAGAUUAAUGAUCAAUUUUUUAAUGUAAUAUGUAAGUUUAAAUAUUGAAGAUGUAUCGUGUUCAACGUCGACAGAGUAAGUUGUAGAUGGAGCUUAUAUUGGUUACUGUUAAUGUGUCUUUUGUGAUAUGUCUGAAGAAGAUAGCCUUGCUAUCGAAAGGCCUCACAAAAAAAUAAAAGUAUUAAAUAUUGGUUUUAUUUUUUAGUGUAAUUACGUCGACAGUGUAGUUUAUUUGUGUUCAUAAAAUGUAUUUUAACGUAGCCUAAUGACAUGCUUUAUUCAUACCUCAUUAUAGUGUACAAGAUUAAAUUGGUACCGGUAUGGUUCAUUGUAGCUAUACACUUUGGAAUGUUACCGUACAAUUUUAUUAUUUCAUUGUUUUAUAUUGUUAUCCUU